GAGCAGAGGUCGCCGGCGCUCGCUGCGGUUUUUACACGGGAAAGACAAGACAAGAGCGACAACGAAACGGAAAAUACGACCAACCAGCGCGCAGCGGAGUAUCCGAGUAGCGUAGCAGAUCGGAGCAGUCGCUGACGGAAGCUGCAGGCGCCCAGUUCGCGUUGGCUUUCUCUCGGCCUGGCCAUCAUCAUUGCAAUUGUCCUGUUCCAUACGCACAUCCGCCAUAUCGAGCCCGAUCCAGUGAUCCAGUUAUGUUGUCGUGCGCGUACAAAUGAAUAUGCACCUCGAGUUAUCCGAUACCCGAUGAGUGUGAGGUCGGUGCUGUGAGCUCUCGAGUGUCAUGGUGGUGUUGUGACAUUUCUCCGCUAGUUUGUAGUCGUUCAGGAAUAUCCCAGUUCUGACGGAUUUCGUCGCCCGGAAAGAUGUCCAGCAGGCACGUCCCGGCCGAUAAGAUAAACCUGCGCCUGAUACUCGUCAGCGGCAAAACAAAGGAGUUUUUGUUCAGUCCGAGCGACUCUGCCGGGGACAUUGCUCAACAUGUUUUCGACAAUUGGCCGGACGAUUGGUGCCAAGAGGCCGUCUCGAAGGCCGAAAUACUCAGACUUAUCUAUCAAGGACGCUUUCUACAUAGUAACGUUACGUUAGGUGCUUUAGGAUUACCGUUUGGGAAGACGACAGUGAUGCAUUUGGUCCCGAGGGAAACGCUGCCCGAGCCUAAUUCGCAAGAUCAACGACAAAAGAGCAAAGGUGGCAACAGCAGUUGCUGUUCGACAUCCUGUUGCAUUCUGUAAGCGCCAAGAAGAAGACCACGUAGGAUUACCGAUUGCGAGUGUAAAAAAAGAAAACCGGAAGAUAAUAUCGAAAUGAAAACAAAAACGAGUGCGUAAUUUCUGUUAAUUUUGUUAAAAAAAAUCGAGUCGCGGUUAUUUUAGCCUAAAGGAAAAUUUUUAAGUAAAAGUUGUGAUAUACAUGUAUAAAAAAGAAUUAUUCGAUACUCAAAAAAAAUGUGCCAGACUGGGAGAGUGCGCGAUCAAAUUUUCGGGACAAUUCGACCGGGAUGGAAUGUCGCGAGACGAAAUGGGACUUUCGCGAUUCGAUUUUCGAUUCCGAAACGGAAUUUCGAGCCGCCUCAAAGUUUCGGAAGGUUCGCAAUCCGGAAGGGAAAUCUCGAUUAGUUUUACGUCCACGUUGCGAUCCUUCCGGGGUUUCUUUGUGACUGUGAUUAUUAUUUUUUUUUACAUAUAUAAAUAUAUAAUUUGAGGUGUACAGAAUUGGAAAUUAUCCUUCAUUCUUCCGCGUUAGAUCUGCGUGCGGCAUUUUAAUAACUAAUCGUCCGAUAUAUAUUUUUUUUUGUAAUUAUAUUAUAUAGUUGUAUAUUGUUUUAUAUUUUAGAAAUUGUAUUAUUUUAUCGUCGCUCAUCGUGUAAAUUUAUCCAUCAUGUCAUGUAAAUCUAUUACCUACUUAAUGUAAUUUAAACAAUUUCACAGGUUGGUUGUGAAAAAUUUUAUUGCCCGUUUUUCUUAUUUGCAGUAUUUUUUACGUCUUUAGUUUAAAAAUUGUGUGCAGAAAUUCUGUUCAUAAAAAAAUGUUUUUUUCACAACUACACUAUGUGAAAAAAUAUGUGCUAGAAAUAUAUGUAUUAGGUAUUAUUCGAGAGGUAUUAUUCGAAAUUUAUAAGCGUUUUUAUUUUGUUCAUUUUUAAAUGUAUUUUCCAUCGCCUUUCGGAUAAUAUUUUGGAAAAAAAAAACACUGAAAUAGUAUUUGCUUUUCCCGAUUUACGACAGAACAAAAAAUUGUAAAGUGAUAAAAUAAAUCUCGGCUCCGAUUAUGUUUGUACAGGGUGUUUAGAUAUUGGAAUUACUGCAAAUACUUUGAGUAAUUCCUCAAAAAUUCCUAAGUUUUUUUUUAACUAAUUACCUUGUAUUUUCAUUAUCAAACGCAGGCGCUUUGUUCAAUUAAAUAAAAUAAUCGAGUAAUUUUACAGCAUUUCUCACUAUGUAAUGACGAUUUAUUUUUUUGGUAAUUAUCUAAUUUUUUUAUUUAAUUUAAUUGUGUAAAGACGAGUCAUGUAGAUUAGAAAUGUUAAGGCACUUUAUUAUAGAAAAGCAGCGUCAACUCGGAUCGUUAUCAUGGAUUUUGUAAAUACAUUAACCGAAUACAAGAACAAAGCGGCGUUGCCGCGUCGUGUGGUUUAUCCACUACAUUCGAGAUUUUCAGCAAUAAUGCAAUAUUUUUUUCGAAAUACAUAUUCCUCUCUGUAAAUGUCCGAUCGAAAGUCUCGAGGAUAUCACAAUUUCCGAUCGAAUCGAAUAAAUGUCGUGAUUACGUAGGUGUUUCGAAUAAUGCAAAAUGAUGUAUUUACUUAAGUAGAUAUAUUUGAGUUACCUCGGCAAAUCGAAUUUGUUAAAUUCGUAUUUUAAAAGCAUGUAUUUGUGAAUAAUCGCCCCCCGUACACGUAAAUGCUGGAUAUUUUAUUUUUAGCGGAACCGCCGGUUUACUGAACGUGUCGGGUUCUAUUAGAAAUAAUUUACAGGAUUUACCGAAUUCAUAAAUUAUUCAUCCAUCCAUAAAUGAUCUAUUUAUUAUCAUCGCUAUCACGAAUAUUCCUUCCAAGAAAAAUUAUCCAGUGAUGUUGAACGUUUCAAAUGGGAGAUUAUCCGCUGUUGAAAAUUUUCAUAUCGCUUCUAUUUAUUUUGAAAUACAGGGUGACUGAAAAAUAUACUACGAACAAACACACAGUAUAUUAGAUGUUUAUAUAUUUAUCCUGAAUGUUUUUUCAUGUAAAUAAGUACAAAUUAAAUGUUGGACCACCGAUAUUGGAUCGAUUGGUUUUCAUGUCGUAUUGUUUUCUUAAUUUUUUUUUAGAAUUAAAUUAUGAAUUCUAUCGAUAUAAAUAUUACAUUAGAUGCGUUAAUAAGCCGAUGAGGGGCUGUUAUUAACGGAUCGAAUAGAAUAGGAUAUAAUGUUAUAAUUGUAAAAUUUUAUGUACAUAGAUUUUCUUCCAUAUCAUUAAGUUUCGACGAGGAAUCAACUUGAAUUUUAAAAAUAUCUAAAAAAAUGCACUUUUCAACGAAGGAAAGAAUUUUGAAAAUCCGCAAACUGUACAUAGGAAUCCGAUUACCGAAUGAUUAGCACGUUUCAUGAUAUUUUUGUAAAUAAGUUUAUUAAUUACAGCGAUUUUCUUAUACAUUAUACAGGGCGUCGCGACACUUAAAUAUUUCUGUUAUUUUCUUGUCCCUCGAAACCGCUAAAUCGUCGCUGAAAUCAAUGUCGUGAUCUAUAAAAAUUCCCUUUUAAAACAGAAUAGAAGUAUUUACCGAUAGUAUCCUAAUGAAGCUGGCUCUUUGCGAUGCUAAAUUUGUUGAAUUUUGCAUUUUGUGAAGGAAUUCGUAAUACUCGCUUAGCAUAUGCGUAUAAUAUCAAAGUUACAAGAUUAAUUUUUUUUAAAAAGCUGUGUAAUAUCAAUUUAUCCGAUACGAACGGAACCAUUGGCGUCGCCAGAAGGGGGCCACUCGAGGGGGAUUAUUUAUAAUCUUUUUUCUCGAUUGUAUAAAAAUAAAUAUAGAUACAUCCUGCUCGCCCCUCUGCCCCAAACGCUGGGGACGCCCAUGUAAUACAUUGUAUGGAUAUUUGUAUGGGAAUUAAAUCAGUCGUGCUUUUGUAAUUUCCAUCAUGAGUACUUAAAAUUAUACACACAGGGCGAUAAAUGUAAAUUGUGCAGCUUGAGGAACCGAAUCAAUAGUCUUUCUUUAUGCAACUUAUCAUGUCCUAGCGUUUGGAUCACCCUGUAUGUACUAAUUUCGAGCAUGACAAUUGCAAAAUAUCCGUAAAUUACAGGGUGGCUCAAAUAAAGCGAAUCUUUUUAGAACGAUAUAAGCAGGGAAUGCCCCGGGAUACGUUUGCAUUUAAUAGCUUGAUAUAGCUCGAGUUUUUUCCAUAAAGAUUCGUACGUUUACGAGAUAUCCUGUUCGCAAUUCUAAACUGAAGUAAAAACUAGUCCUUGGAUUGAAUAUUACUCAGAACUCACGGUGUUAAGACUUGAAUGGAUUUUUCUUAAAUUAAUUUUACUGUGUAAAUGAAGGCUAUAUUUAAACUAUAUUUUUCCUAUGUAUUGUUUAUUUUUUUUGUUCAGGUUAAAUAGAUUAAUAUUAUUUUAAAA